AUCCUCUAAUGGACACAUGGCCUCUAAUGGGAUCGUCAUAUCCUAUUUUAUACAUUAUUGUGACGUAUCUAAUUUUUGCAAUAAAAUUUGGACCUAAAAUGAUGGAACAACGACCAGCUUUCGACCUAAAAACAGCUAUGAUUUUUUAUAAUGGAUUUCAAGUAGUUCUUAGUAUCUGGUUAACGUUUUUGCUUUUAGAUCUUAAUAUUCGAUUAUUUUCUUUUCACGGAUGUAAUGAUGUUUACCGUUUAUCUUUGUCACAAAGAAGAUACAUACCAAUAGCGAUGUCACGAUGUGGGUGGUGGUAUUUCUUUGCAAAGAUCACCGAGCUUCUAGAUACGGUAUUUAUGGUGUUGAGAAAGAAACAGAAUCAACUGACUUUCCUACACAUUUAUCACCACACAGCAACGGUCUUUAUUUCGUGGUGCUUUUUGAAAUUGCUGCCUGGUGAACAAGGUCCCGUAAUAGCUUUUUUGAAUACUGUCGUUCACAUUAUUAUGUACAGUUAUUAUUUCAUUGCCGCGCUUGGCUCGAAAUACAAAAAGUACAUUUGGUGGAAGAAAUAUAUGACCUAUAUUCAGUUGUCGCACUUUGGAAUGCUAUGUUUUUAUCUAAUAGCAACGUUGGCUCUGGACUGCCGAAUGCCAAAGGCUCUAACGUAUUUUUUCCUAAUAGUUUUUGUCAUAUUUAUCUAUCUGUUCAGCAAUUUCUUUCAAAAGACCUAUAAGACAAAAACGGCUUAA